AUGACCAUCCUGCUCGACCCGGUUUCGACUGCGUCGGGCACAGGUGCCCAAAUGGCGCCGCCGUUGCAUGGCGCGUCUCAUUCUUCAAGUUCCUGUUUCCUUCUGCGCCUCCCCCGUUCUGUUCGACGCCGCAUUUACCUGCACCUUGGCGUAGCACGUUGGGAUGGUUUACCGAUGCUGUUUGACCUGGACGGUUCAGUCAGCCGGUCCAUGAUGCAGGUUGACUUUCACGGGCUAUUGCUCUCCUGCCGCCUCAUCUACAGCGAAGCGUCCGCCUUGCUGUACUCGUCCAACCGAUUCGUCAUCCACUACAGACACGUGCGCGGACCCGGGCACGACGUCGAACCGUCGCUUCAGCCGGUGCGAAACCUCACCGCCUCGUCGCUUGCGUCAUUGGUCAGUCUCAAGAUCGUGUUGAACCAAGCUUCUUGUCAUCACCGCAGCGAAGACGAGGCGGGCGGCGAGUGCUGCGACGACCUAAGGUUCAAUGGUCUGCAUGAACCGGACCGCUGCCAGAGACAUCAUACAGCCCAUCACGAUAAGCCACUUCGGAGCUCCUGCUCUACGGCCGGGCCGAUGCUAGACGAAUGGCUACGGACAGCAGAUUACCUAUCUUCGAGGAUCAAGCCUGGUGGCCUUCGGCUCGCCUUGGUAUGCGACCUUGAUCCACAAGAGGCCGACGUCAUGGAUACCGUGACUAAAGUUGUCGCGCCACUCUCUUCGCUUCCGGAGCUAAAGGACUGUCACGUUCGGCUUUGCAAAAGUCCGAAUGCUGAACUCACCCGGAUCGCAAGGAACGCGGCGCUGCAAGCCUGCCGUACGCCGGAACCCCCAUCAAGUCCGUCGGGCCCUCGCAUCCUCAGCCUCCCCCGUGAGCUACGUCUUCAUAUCCUCGAGUAUACCGACCUUAUCACCCCUUGGAGGGAAGUCAUGUGGAGUAGGCGAGAUCGCGGGUAUCGAUACCCCGCCGAAGGCUGCUACCCACCGGGCGACUUCCCAUGCCCCUCUGACCUUCACUGGCACCAUGGAUGCCAGUUUCGGGGAUGCUAUUACCAGGAACGGAUAUGGUUGCCGGACAACGAAUUAUGGCGUGGCUCCAUCGGUUGUUUCUGCCGCCUUCGACACGCCGCCUUCUCAUCCGCCUGCAGAUGCUGGGCCCCGCCUACGCCCUUGUUCCUCGUCUGCCGUGCUCUUUCGGAAGACGCCAAGUUUGUCUUCUUUUCUCGUAAUCGGUUCGUUGUCAGCGACAGUAGAGCAUUCAACCCCUGCGUUGCUUUCAAGGCUUAUGAGCCUGUCCGGUGGCUCGAGGGUAACAACCGCCUAGACUGGGAGUCGAUAGAGUCGGGCAACUGGCGCGAAGUACAACCCCGUGCCUACCCGGCCAAGCGUUUUGCAGCGAGCCAAUUCUUGAGGGAGGUGGUCCCCGCCGACUGCUUAGGCUACCUCCGCUUUCUCGAACUGAUCUUCCAGCCAUACAAUCAUAUGUGUUGGCCCGACGACGGGCAUCCCGCUCUACAGGACUGGAUUGCAACCGUCGACUGGGUCAAGCACAAAAUAAGAGCUUCUAGUCUCACACUACGGUUGACCAUGGCGGGUUCGUUAUCGCAUGUGCCCAACGGACCCGACCGUCGCGACAAGCUUUCUCGAGCACAGGGAAAGCAAGUGCUUGCUGGAUACAACCGUAUCCUGAAAUCGUUGGCCUGUCUUGGGGGCGAGGACGGUUUCGCGCGGUUUUAUGCCGACUUUGCAUGGCCUUGGAAAUGGACCAACUGGGCAUAUGCGAGGCGGGAGGUUCUGGGUUUUCAAGCUGGUCAGGAGUGGACGAAGUCGAAGGAAGACGCACUAAACGAACGGGCCGAGCGUUUCAUCUUGGGAGACCGAUAUGAGCGGCUUUCUGCCAGAGGGAAAGACCUAGAGGAGAGGCCUUGGAUGUCGUUACGGAGGCGGCCCCGGUCCGGGAACGCGAACGGGAUCCUCGCGCCAAAAAUGCAUCUCUAUCACGAAUACGCAGAUUUUGCGACCCACCAGCAUCGCAAGAAAAAGUGGAGCCAAGCGGCGGCAUGCAUGAUCGCCGCGGCUGGACUUCGCAUCCCUGCACAUUCCCACAGCCACUGCCUCUGCUGA